UCACGACAAGGCGGUAGUUUUGUGUCACGACCCAGGGAUGAUGGCGCACUUCCAGAAUAUGUCAAUAGUGGAUGAUAGCGUAACCUGUUCAUUAUCGUUUAUAAUGUAUUAGACUCUAUGACCAGUGGGGCCUUUGUGCUAGUCAAAGGGUGUACUGUAUAAGGACCCCCGUUGUGUGUUAGAAACUCAGACUAUCUUUUUUUAUUUAUUUACCAGUAAAAGCACGAGAGACAGAGGUGUUCCUCUGCUCGUCGUCGUCCGCAGUAUCUACCUUGUCCCGUUCACGUCCCGGCAAUCGCCGACGGCCAAGGGUGUAACAGGUGGUAUCAAAGACAGUUAUUCCUCGGCCCAACUCUAUCCACCCAACUCGUCCUUCGAUCGAAUCGACGAAGGUCCCAAAUCCCCGUGGUUUCUGAUCAAGAUCCAUACGAGUUCGGUCCACCAUCGUCCUGCUGGAUCGAUCCGAUCUCCAGCCACCAGAUGCGCACGGGGGCGGCGUGACAGGGCGGCUCGCAUCCACACCAGCGGGUGCACGCACAGCGGCGGCGUGACGGGAUCCGGCAGUCGCGGACCGCGGCGCGUUCUGCUUCGACAACAUCUUCUUCAACAGGGGUUCGACAUCGACUGUGUUGGUUCGGCGGCGGGAACCAUUGUACACCCUUUAGAGAAGUUAAUGAGUAACAUCAUUUCGAAGAAGGUACGCACUAUUUUUCCCUAAAUCAUUAUCACUCAUUCUUUCUGUUGCUGUCUCCAGAGAACCUUGUUAUGACAAUCCAAUGGUCCAACUUCUCUUUUGUAUAGUUUAGCCCUCAGAUUAAGCCAAGCAAAUUUAUUUUAGAAUAAAAAUGGCCCUUGCAAAAUUGCGAGUUCUAAAACACAGCAACAGAACUUUAACUUCUUAGGUGCUGACAUUCUAAUUCUAAAUAUUGCCAUUCCCUUUCAUAUAUGGCAUUUGUUGAUUUGAGUGUUUCUUAUAUAGGUUGUUACUGCAUGUUUGGUUGCUAGCUAUAAAUAACCAGUUGCAUUUAUUAUUCAACUUCAGAGGCUUUGCAUUCCGAAAAGUUGUCCAUUUAUCAUAAGAACAGGCCUAGUUUGAGCUGGUAGUUAUAGAUUUUUGUUAGGCAAGUUACCAUUUUUUUCAUCCUUGAAGGUUAGUUUUUAAACACUGUACUUGUUAUAUGCACUUACUUGACUAUGGGUCAUUGUUAUGAAUUGCUAACAGCAGCAUGGUCUGCAGUUGGGUGAGCUUGAAAUUUCUUGGGUGGAUGCAGAAGUUGGAAAAGAAGAUGAGAAGCUUAUUUUGCUUCCCCCAUCGUCAACACUGCCACCCCACAAGCCAGUUCUUGUCGGUGAUCUAAAAUUGUCUGAUUUUAAACAAAUUUUUGGAAAAUAAAGGAUGGCAGGUAGUUUUAUUAUAUUGAACUCCUAAGUCUUUGACCUUCCCCUGUACCUAUAUGGGCAUUAUCCAAAAUUUUAGUUUUAGGAGUGGACAUGAAGAAUAUUUCAUUUACUAAGUACGAUUUUUCAGUUGACGCGAGAGGAUCAAAUAUGUUGAGAUUCAGGUGUGUUAGUAUGUUGAGAAGAAAUUUAUGAUGUCAACUUUCACUAUCACUAGCACAUUGCAGGACAAUAGAUGGCACUUGUUACCUGCACAGGCUGUUUAGUUCACAUAGGCAUAGCCUAUAGAUUUGAACUGAUUGAUGGAAGCUGCAGCAUAUGUAUUUUCGGUGGAUAAUACUAAGCGUGCAGGGAUGAAUAAUCUUUGUUGGUGUAUACUGAAGCCAUUGACAUUAGUCACUAAAGAAACAGUUGUUGCAGGUUGAUUUUUUCUUCUUUUUUUUCGAAAGAAACAGGAGGGGCGCUGCAGGUUGAAUUUGCUGAGGUGCUUGUGCUUUACCAUGUGGCGAGUACAUCAUGGUGUGCAAGAUUGGUGAUUCUAGCCAAAAGGGCAGCACGGCCGGGGUCUCAGCAGAUUGUCAUCCAAGGUCCUAUUACAAGAUCAGGGAGCUUUGGUACUUGCAGUUAUACACGCUGUUAAGCAAUUUCUUUAUUUCACAAGACUUGUGUUGGACGAAAUUAGGACAGGAAUGCUAUAUGCUGCCUGCGGCAGUGCCCAACUAGGAAGAUGCGCUCCGGAUGUUCCAUUCCAUCUGGCCUGGUUGAUUUGACGGUGUCCAACCGAGGCCGACACGGCCUGAGCAAUGUUGUCUGGAAGAUGAAAGUGACGCUUGGUGGAACCAGAGUUUGCAAAAUCCAUGACGAUGGUGAAGAAGAUGAAGAAGGCACCUGGUCCUGCCCCCCGCCCCGAAUGAUCCAUUGUCAACGCCACCGGUCAUCACCAGUGAAUUCGCCACGGGCGUCCGCCCUCAUCACAAACCAAAACAAAAAAGGGAAAAAAUCACGAGUGGAUCUCCAUCUCCUUCCCUUUGAACAUUCCAUCAUAAACCGUCCGUACCGGAAUCUUUGGCUUCCGACUGGAUCCGCGCCGCGCGCCGCUUGUUCGACGCAAUUCCCUCCCAGCUACAACCUGCCGCCGCCGCCGGGGUGGCCGAUGGAUGACUGAUUGCCGCCGCCGCCGCCGCCUAGUGCCCCGGCCAUGUCGCUGGCCUGCGGCCUGCCGCUGCUCGAGUGCGUCUACUGCCUCGCCUGCGCGCGCUGGGCAUGGAAGCGCUGCCUCCACAGCGGCGAGGUCGACAGCGCCACCUGGGGCCUCGCCACCGCCGCCGACUUCGAGCCCGUGCCGCGCAUGUGCCGCCUCGUCAUGGCCAACUACGAGCCCGACCUCUCCCCCUCCGCGCCGCUCCUCUUCGCGCCGCCCGGGCCCGGCGGCUACGGCAUCGACCCCGCAUGCGUCCUCCGCCGCCGGACCUACGCCGACACCCGCGGCCGCGUCACGCCCUACCUCCUCUACCUCGACCACGCCCACGCCGACAUCGUCCUCGCGCUCCGCGGCCUCAACCUCGCCAAGGAGUCCGACUACGCGCUCCUCCUCGACAACCGCCUCGGCAAGCGCCGCUUCGACGGCGGCUACGUCCACAACGGCCUCCUCAGGGCCGCCGCCUGGGUGCUCGACGCCGAGUGCGACCUCCUUAGGGAACUACUCGAGAGGUACCCCGACUACACGCUCACCUUCACGGGUCAUUCGCUGGGCGCCGGCAUCGCAGCCAUGCUCACCAUGGUCCUCGUGCUCAACCUCGACAAGCUUGGCAACGUCGACAGGACCCGCACGCGCUGCUACGCCAUAGCGCCGGCCAGGUGCAUGUCGCUAAAUCUCGCCGUCAGAUACGCCGACGUUAUUAACUCGGUCGUCCUUCAGGACGACUUCUUGCCGCGGACGGCUACUCCUCUUGAAGACAUUUUCAAGUCCAUCCUCUGCUUGCCAUGCCUCCUAGGUUUGAGAUGUUUGAGAGAUACAUGUAUACCCGAAGACGCCUUGCUAAAGGAUCCAAGGAGGCUUUAUGCACCAGGCCGGAUUUAUCACAUAGUGGAAAGAAGAAUGUGCAGGUGCGGGAGAUAUCCACCUGUAGUCAAAACAGCUGUGCCGGUGGAUGGUAGAUUUGAGCACAUAGUUCUUUCCUGCAAUGCCACAGCGGACCAUGCCAUUAUUUGGAUUGAGAGGGAGGCCCAGAAGGCUUUGGAUCUGAUGCUGGAGGAGGAGGACACGAUGGCAGUGCCAUCCGAGCAGCAGAUGGAGCGGAACGAAACCCUGCAGAAGGAGCACGUGGAGGAGCACAGGGCCGCUCUGCGCCGGGCUGUCACGCUGUCAGUGCCAGACGCGCGGGGACCAUCGCCGUAUGGUACGUUUGACGAAGUCGAGCAGCAUCACCACCAGCCGGAGAGGAGCGAGAGCUUCCCGCCGGCAGGGCCCAGGCAGCGCAUGAGCUGGAACGACCUGAUCGAGCGGGUGUUCGACAAAGACGAGGACGGCCAUAUCGUGCUGCGCAGCUCAGUUCUUCUCUGAAGAGCGCAGCCUCCCGGCCUCACUUGGGCCGUUGUAAAUUCCUUUGGUCUUGCAAUUGUGCUGCCGGCUGCCUCUCUCCCAGCAGAAGCCCCCAUUUUCUUGUGUUAUUGGCUGUUUAGUGUCAUUUAUUCAUAGAAGAGAAUUUUUUUUGUUCAGUGUCACUUAUUCAUAGAAGAGAAUGUUUUGUCUUGUAUGCGCGGCUCAUAUAGACAUGAGCUGAUCAGCUGCGAAGACAAGUUUUGUGAAUAAUCAAGGUGAAAGUAGGUCAAUUUUGGCAUCAUUUUCCUGCUGAUCUUGGUAUGUAAAUGUAGGAUCCAAACUCCUAUGUUACACAGAUACUCUAAUGGGGUGACGUAUCCGUAUCCGAUACUCGUCGGAUACACGAAUAUGGAUACUCAGAUACACCA